AGUGGUGUACCGUUGGCAGUAGCAGGUGAAGCUGAGCGGACUACGCGACUCUUCCCUUGAAAUCGAAGUGUUGGUCCUUGAACAACAUGAGGAUUGGGACAUACUUUUUUUGGAUUUCAGUUUGUUAAAAUGAGCAGUCGCAAAUCAAAGAGUAACAACUUAAUACAUGCAGAGUACCUUUCACAGGUACAAAGAAUUUUACGGGAAAGAUUUUGUCAUAAGAGCCCACAUAGUAACUUAUUUGGAGUACAAGUACAAUACAAACACUUAAUUGAGCUGCUAAAAAGAACUGCUAUCCAUGGAGAAAGUAAUUCUGUACUCAUUAUUGGACCCCGAGGAUCAGGAAAAACCACGUUAAUAAACCAUGCUUUGAAAGAACUAAUGGAAGUAGAAGAAGUGAGUGAAAAUGUAUUACAAGUUCACCUAAAUGGACUGCUGCAGAUCAAUGAUAAAAUUGCCCUAAAGGAAAUCACAAGGCAGUUAAAUCUGGAAAAUGUAGUUGGAGAUAAAGUUUUUGGAAGUUUUGCUGAAAACCUUUCAUUUCUUCUGGAAGCUUUAAAAAAAGGUGACCGGUCUAAUAGUUGCCCAGUGAUCUUCAUAUUAGAUGAAUUUGAUCUUUUUGCUCAUCAUAAAAACCAGACACUCCUCUAUAAUCUGUUUGACAUUUCACAGUCUGCACAGACUCCACUAGCAGUAAUUGGUCUUACAUGUAGAUUGGAUAUUUUGGAACUCUUAGAAAAAAGAGUGAAGUCACGAUUUUCUCACCGGCAGAUACAUUUAAUGAAUUCAUUUGGAUUUCCACAGUAUCUUAAAAUAUUUAAAGAACAAUUAUCUCUACCUGCAGAAUUUCCAGACAAGAUCUUCACUGAGAGGUGGAAUGAGAAUGUUCAGGGUCUCACAGAAGAUAGAAGUGUGCGAGAAGUACUACAAAAGCAUUUCAAUGUCAACAAAAACCUGCGGUCAUUACACAUGCUAUUGAUGCUUGCUUUAAAUCGUGUAACAACAUCACACCCGUUUAUGACUGCAGCAGAUCUGAUGGAGGCAAACCAGUUGUGCAGCAUGGACUCUAAAGCAAAUAUUGUACAUGGUCUGUCAGUUUUGGAAAUCUGUCUUAUAAUAGCAAUGAAACAUUUAAAUGACAUCUAUGAAGAGGAGCCCUUUAAUUUUCAAAUGGUCUAUAAUGAGUUUCAGAAGUUUGUUCAAAGGAAAGCCCAUUCUGUUUAUAAUUUUGAAAAACAUGUUGUCAUGAAGGCAUUUGAACACUUACAACAAUUAGAAUUAAUAAGGCCUGUGGAAAGGACUUCGGUAAAUACACAGAGAGAGUACCAGCUGAUGAAACUACUUUUGGAUAAUACUCAAAUUAUGAAUGCUUUGCAGAAAUACCCCAACUGUCCUACAGAUGUUAGGCAGUGGGCAACAUCCUCACUAAGCUGGUUAUGAAUAUAACCGGUGGCUUCAGUUACAAAGUUUCAGGCAAUCUUCUGUAAGGAACUCAAAGCCUAUUGUCCUUUAACAAGAUAUGUUACUACAUUUUCUUAUAUUUAUAAACAUGUAUUUUUGUAUUUAUGGGAGACUGUUACACAUGUAGUGUCUUGGCUGUGUCUUGCCUUUGAAUCAUGAGCAGUUACAUGAUUUAUAAUUUCAGUGAUUUUAGAUUAUGUUGUAAGUAGCAGUUCAAAGAAAUAAAUGUGACUGUUUUAGGGAGUGAACCAUAUGCUUAUUUAACACUUGUCAAGUACUUAUGCGGUAUAUUUGAAGAGUUCAUUUCAACCCAGCAGCCAAGUGUUUUUACAAAUCUUCAAGCAGUAAAGAAACAGUGGUAAGAGUUGAGGUGUACUGAGCAAUCUUUUGUUCUACUGGGAGGUUCCACAUUUUUUUUGUUUUGUUUUUUUCUAUCCAUGGAGAUUCUGGAUUCUAUCCCGGACCCAGGUCUUUUAGUUCAGGAGACUGACCAUUUUGGCCAGAAGAUAGUUCACACGGAAGAAAAAGGUGAAAAGUUUGAAUAUGAAUUUCUUCCAGGCUUCUCAAAAGGUGGUACUUAAUCUUAUCACAUAUAGAAGAAUC